AUGAUGCUUGUUGACCUCAUCUUUGGGAAGAGAAGCAUAGUUUUACCUCAGCUUCUUACAGAUAUCAAGCAUUUGCUACAAACGGGAUCAAACAAAGAGUUGAAAGGAAUGAUGAAAACUGUGAAGAUACAAGACAUUGAUAAUUUUCAAGAUGAAAUGAUGGACAUGAUGGAUAUAAGCAGUGAGAUACAAGAAUCUCUUGGUAGAAGUUUAGUGUGCCAGAUGAUAUUGAUGAAGAUGAUCUUAUGGGUGGCAGACAUGGGUCAAGAAACUGAAGGUGAAGGGGUACCUUCAUAUAUUCAACCUGAUAAUGAACCUGAUCUGGAUGCAGAACUUAAUAUGCCUUUAGCUCCAAGUGGACAUGCAGUGCCAGUGAAACCAUCAAUCAAAUGA